AUGACACCCGGUCAGGUGUCGAUUGACUCUGGAGCCUCCCUACCUGCCGUUCACCAGCCCCUCUUCGACGUCUCCAAUACUCUCCCCGACACUCUUUCGACGCGAAAGCCAUGCCGCUGUUUGGAAUCAAUACUGCCGUCCUUGAAGGGAAUUUUGACGCCCGAUGAAGCAUCAGAAAUGCUUGAGGUAUACUUCAAUGAUGAGCAUAGUUCGUUUUUCAAGUCUACGUCACCAUAUAUGCUAGCGCAUGUCUUGCAUCCCUCUUCUGUUCUCCACCCUACGCAUACCCGCCCACACUCUCCUGCUCUUUUGGCUGUGAUACUGUUUUGUGCGGCACAGACAGCGGAUAUGAAGAUUUUCGACCCUCCCGGUGCACGAGAACGCACAAGCAUCGACCUUUACCGUCUCUCACUUGACCUUCUCCAGUCCGAAGAUCCAGACAAUUUUUUCCGGACUUCAGGUUUGUCGUCCACAGCUCCUUGCGUUCCAUGGCCGUUACUAAUGUUCUUUGUAGAUGGCUGGCAAUUCCAUCCGCACCCCAGCGGCAUCCCCCCGAGCAUCGACCGACAACCAUCCGGAAAAACAUUACUUCCCAAACAACUCGGGUCAACGGACACCAUUCUCGCUGUCGCAAUAUUGACGAUCACGAUAUCUGGAGGGCACUACAAGGCAGACUCGCUCAAAUGGCGAGAUAAGCUCGCACGAUUAGUGAGAGCCAGUGGGCUGAGUAUGGAGGAUCAGGACAUUGACUUGGGCCCCGUUUUCUGCGGUCUCUACAAUGGCGACGCCACCUUCCGGCGAUGGGUGAUUGCAAAAGAGGAACGCCGGCGUCUCUUUUGGUUGAUCUACUGUCUGGACAGACACUUAGCCCUCUCUUUCAAUACGCGAUUGAGUAUUCCGGAAGGUACAUUCUGUGUUCGGACACCCUUGCCAGAGAAUCUGUGGCAAUCUCUCGACAUAAUGGAUCUAAACAACAUCCCUGCUAGUCCGAUCGGUCCCCCGUUUCAGAUAUCAGGGUGUGGAUUCUUCGAAUAUUUCUUACCUCUCGCUAAUGUGUUGGGCCAUAUUAUCGACCUGCAUCACUAUCGAAGCCAUCCCACCGUCGGUGCAAUCAUCUCUCAUGAGGCUAUCCGUCGCGUCGAAGCAAUGAUCUCUCAGCGUGAGCAGGAACUAAUGGACUUGGAGAGCCAAAUGGGUGUUCAUUUUCCCGACAAAUCACAGGUCCAACCCUUUCCCGGUGAAAAUACCGUAGUUUCCUCGCAGGGCGUGCAGACCUACAGUACCCCUUCGAAUGCGGCAUCCACAAAAUCAAAACUACCGCUGGUAAAGGCUUAUAGCACGUACUUGCUACACGUCUUUUACAUCCUGCUCCACGGAAAAUGGGAUCCCAUCUCAAUGAUUGAGGACAAUGAUGACUGGAUUACGUCGGACAGCUUUCUGACAUGCGCCUCUCAUGCACUCAGUGCCACAGGGGUAGUCUCCCAGAUCCUGACUCUGGACCCCGAAAUGGUCUUCAUGCCGUACCUUUUCGGAAUAUAUCUUCUGCAAGGUAGUUUCAUUCUCCUUCUCUUUGUGGAUCGCAUGCCGGAGCUUGGCCCGAACCGUUCUGUGGAAGAAGUCUGCGAAACAAUCAUUCGUGCGCACGAGGUCAGCGUCGUGACCUUGGACACUACUUUUCAGGUAUGCAAAUCCUAG